CGUCUGUGCGUGACCUCUCGUCCUCCAGGUAAAGCGCUGCUGCGGUUUUUGUUUCGUCUGACAGGACUUUUUAUUUUCAAGGAUAAAGUCAUGGUUUUAGAAAACAAGAUGUUGGUGUUCGGGGAGCCAGACGACAAGGAGGAGGAUGCACCUGAGGAAGAGGAGGAGGAAGAUCUAGUAGACCCCCUGGACACUGUACGAGAAAAGUGUGAACAAUCAGAACACUGCACCCACCUCAAGGAGCUUUUUGAAACCUGUGAAGCUCGGGUCAACUCAAAGUCCAACACAAGAGAAGAGUGCUCAGAAGAACUCUUUGACUUCCUUCAUGCACGAGACCAUUGUGUCGCACACAGUCUGUUCUCCAAACUCAAAUGACCUGCCUGCCCAACGCUGGGAGCUAUGGAAUCAACUUAACAGCUAAAUCUGUCCAAAUCUGUCAGUUAUUGCUGGCCUGUGUGUUCAUGUAACAAGCUUUGUUGGAGCUGGUCUAAAGGUGUCACUUUACGAUAUUAAACAGCAAUAGUAUAUGCAUUGUCAGAAAUGACCUAAUAAACGCAUGUGAUUUUGGUGUUUUAAAUGGCACUUUUGCCAACAGUUUGGUCACUGAACAAUAAAUAAAAAUGUA